ACUGGCCCCCGGCGCCAAGGAGACCCGACAAGGACGCCGAGCGCCGCUGCCGCUCCGCCAUCCAACCCCGCGAAAAAAUCUCGGUUUCUCGGCGAGGAAAAUCCAAGCCAAGUCGCCCACGGGUCCUGCCACUGCCGCUGCCGCAGUGCUGCUCUGCUCCUCUUCUUCCUCCUCCCUUUCCGAGUGAGGGAGGAGCCGAGUGCUCCGUACAUAUACCUCGACUCACUGUCUAAAGCUGCUCGCCUGCUCUGCUUCCGUUCGCCAAGAAAAAGGGGAAGGGGAGGAGACUUGUCUUGUCACUUCUCGGUUCUCACUCUCGGCACGCUGGGUUUGCUCCUCCUGAUCGAGUGGAGAACAGUGGUGCUGGCGCUCAGCCGAGAGGUCAGCUCAGUGGUCAGGAGCUCGGAGCAGUGGAUUGAUUAUCUCCCUCUCUCUUUCUCUCCGUGUGCACGCACGCACGAGGUGCUCUCUCUUCUCCAUUAAUUCCUUUUUGGAAGUGAUCCCUCCAGUGGGUCUGCUGCCUUGAGGCUGGAGCUAGAAGAAGGAGCGGGGUAGCCUGGCUUGCUCCUUCCCCUUUCUGCUUCCUUCCAGGCAAGGUCUGCUUUGCCGCUCAUCUUCCAGUCCCAGCGGCCGUGGCGGCAUGGACGGCAAUGGGAGAUCGGCGGCGAGCCACAAGAAGCCUCUCGUCGCGGACAACGACCUGGUGGAGCUGCUGUGGCACAACGGGGCGGUCGUCGCGCAGCCGCAGACGCACCCGAGGCCGGCGCCCAGCGGCCUCGCCGGCGGUGGCGGGGAGACGGCCGCGUGGUUCCAGGACGACGUCGACGCGCUGGGGAACGACGUCUACGCACAGCUCUGGAACAGCAUUGCGGUGGGCGCCGCCCCGGAGGUCGCGUGCGCGGCGCUCCCGGGGCCCAGCUCCCACCCUCCCCCGCCGCAGCUGCCGCCGCCGCCGAUGCGGAGCGGCAUCGCCUCCAGCUGGACCGGGGGCGACAUCGGCUCCACCUUCUGCGGCAGCAACCUGGUCCCGGAGGUGCCGGCGGGGGACAGAGAGGAGGCGAGCGCCGCGCCGCCGUCGGAGGGGACGCGCGGGGCGAGCACGCGCGACGGCGGCGCCGGCACCUCGUCGUCCGGCGGGUCCGGGAGCAACUUCGGGGGCUCCGGCCUGCCGAGCGAGAGCGGCGGCCAUGCCCACAAGAGGAAGGGGAGGGGCAAAGACGACUCCGAUAGCCGCAGCGAGGAUGUGGAGUGUGAGGCGACCGAGGAGACCAAAUCGUCGAGGCGGCACGGGUCGAAGCGGAGGAGCAGGGCAGCUGAGGUUCAUAACCAGUCAGAGAGGAGGCGAAGGGACCGGAUCAACGAAAAGAUGCGGUCGUUGCAAGAACUCAUACCCCACUGCAACAAGGCUGACAAAGCAUCAAUAUUAGAUGAGGCGAUCGAGUACUUAAAGUCCCUCCAAAUGCAAGUUCAGAUUAUGUGGAUGACCACCGGGAUGGCGCCAAUGAUGUUUCCUGGUUCUCACCAGUUCAUGCCGCCGAUGGCCGUGGGCAUGAACUCGGCAUGCAUGCCUGCGGCACAGGGUCUAAAUCAGAUGGCAAGAGUGCCAUACAUGAACCAUUCCUUGUCAAAUCACAUCCCUAUGAACCCAUCUCCAGCCAUGAACCCUAUGUACAUUGCAAACCAGAUGCAAAACAUACAGCUGAGAGAAGCAGCAAGUAACCAUUUCCUUCACCUAGAUGGUGGGCAGGCAACGGCACCUCAGGUAGCAGGACCAUAUGCUUAUACACCACAAGUAGCACCAAAAAGCCAGAUACCGGAAGUGCCGGAUUGUACUGUCGCGCCAAUUUCUGGGCCCGGACAACCACCUGCACCUGAUGGAAUUUAGAGUGACCUUGAACUGGGUAUGGACUGUGUCGACAACCUGCACAUGGGCCAUCUUUCUGGAAUUUUCUGAAAAUACCAACAUGAUGAGCAGCAGAUAGUACCCAUAUAGCUGUUAUAUGUCUCGAUCAAUAUGCGUCUGACAUAAAUACUAGAAGUAUUUGUAAAUGCUGAUAACACUGUUCCCUCCCGUUUAUGUCAGAAAAGUAUAUUAUCAGUACGUGUCUAACUCCAACUCCCUCUGUACAUACUAAUCAUAACUUUCCAUAGAAAAAUGUACUAAUCAUAGUAGUAUUAGGUUCAGCCAUUCGAAAAUAUAGUUAUAUGGCAAACUUUACCUUUGUUUUUGUUUUAUUGGUAUUAUCGUCUCCGAGACGUCUGGUUUAUUCGAGAGAAUGGAAAAGAAAAGGUUUAAGUUCUUGUUGUCAAAUGGCCAACAUCCAACCAACCAGAUCCAGGGGGGAAGGAACAGAAGGGGUCAAAACAAUCAUGAUAUCAAACCUUACUCUUCUUUAAAGCCAAGAUUUGGUCUGCAGGGGAAGAACGAACUCGCCGGGCCGCCACGGAGCUGUCCGCUUCGCCGUGCCGGCCCGCAAGCGCUGCUGCGUGUGCGCACAGUCACUCCGGCGUUAUGCUUAUCGACAAAGUUCCUCUCGGCAUCCUCGCUCCUGUGGCUCACAGCCUGGGGGAGGGUUCUGUGGUGAUGCAAGGGUUGCGGUUUCUGUCUUGCUUUUGCCUGAUGUCUACGGCACCCAGCCCAGCCAAGUGCACGCUGCUGUUGUUACAUGGUCCUCCUGGCAACGACCAGAUUCAGAUGCUGCUCACCGGGGCCUGCCCGGUGCAACUGGCCGUUGGAUCGUAUCCCCUGAGCUUUCCUGCCUACCGCAACUGGUAAAAUGCCGGAUUCCCUGGAACUUGCUGCUCACCUGUUGCUAUCUCGGCGCUUUCUUCUGGAUGAAGAUGACGCGCUUCGAUCGCGUGUUUGAGCAGAACAAUUUGUCUCUCCUUGUGCUGUGCCGUUGUUUUCCUGAAAUUUGUACAGUUUGUCACUUGCAUGCGUCGUGGUAGGACGGGUAUUGCCUGUGUCUGGAACUGUGGAUAUGUGUUGGAUGAACAAGCGAUGCUACUGACAAUCUGCAGUGCAAAGUUGAGCAAUUAUACUUCAAA